AUGAGUGAAAUAGAUAUCAAAAUCAUCAAAAGAACUCAAAAUACCCUAGGAAAGUUAAUCAAAAGGCCUGUACUAACUGAAAAACUUUUGAUGAGGCCCCCAUUUAGGUUUAUACAUGACAUAUGUACUUCAUUAAUCAGGUCGACAGGAUUAAUGAAAGGCUUGUUCAGCUCAGAAGAAUUAGAUGCUGAAAAUGUUAAAGACAAAGAUAAAAAGCUGGCAUUUCUUCAAAAGCUGGUAGAUUUUUUGUCGGUGGUGCAUGAACGUACCAUUCCUGUUAGAAUAAUGAGCAUUGUUGCUGGUAAGGAGGCUGAUAAAACGAAUGAAAUGCUGUACCUUCUUGCUGAAGCUGUCAAGAAGAAAGCUAAUAAUGGAGAGUAUGUAGCCCGUGUACUUCAAGGACGAAAACUCGAUGAUCCUAAGACAAAUGUUGUCGAAAUACAUGUACCUGAAGCGAAGAAUUCAGAAAUCAAGUCUGCUAAGGAAUCCAACUCAGUGGAUCAUAGGAAAAAGGCGUCUCAAAAUCACCGGAAAUAUAAAUUAAAUGAGGAAAAAAACUCAAUAGUCCCGGGUAAUUUGGAAAAAUGCGAUAACUUAAAGGAAAAUCAUCUACCUCAAGAUUCUGAAAUUCAUGCUGGUGACCAUUGUGACUCCCAGACACCACAAAAACCAGAAGAAGAAACUGUUGCUCCUUCACUCCAAAAUCCUGAAAAAUCGUAUUCCCAGUCUCGACACCCAAGGCCUGCUUCUGCUAAAGGACAAAGGGUCAAAAGAGAUGUUUUGACAGAUGCGAAAUUAUCAACCAAUCAAAUUGAUAAUAGACUUGAAUCAAAUACAAAUUCCAGAUUGGUUCUACCUCGCCCAAGACGUUCCACUGAUUUAGGAAUUGAAGACAAUCAAAAACAAAUGAAUACUACAUGUAUAUCUGGACUUAUUAUUUCUGACACACAGCAAGAUACAACCGAUGAAGAGGAUCAUGAUAAUAAUAAUGAUGGUGCAGAAUUGAUUAGUAAAGAAACUAAUGGUGAUCCAUCAGCUGAGAUUUUAACAGAUCAGUGGAACAAAACUGAGUCAGGAGAUAAUAAUGAACAUGGUGGUUUAGUCACGAAAAUUUUGCAAACAAAAAAAGAAUUUGAAAAUUUUAGUGGGAUGAAUAAAGAAUAUUCAAAAGUACAGGCUAGUGAAUUGACUGAUGCAGCUAGAGAACGUGAAAAAGCUUUAUUAAGAAAAGAUAUCAGUCGUUUAUGUAAUUCACUUCAAACAUUAUCCCGUUCAGCUGUUCCAUUGAGUAAAUUGAUGGAUUUUGUUCAAGAAGAUUUAGAAACAAUGCAACAAGAAUUUGAACGUUGGAAGAAUGAAAAUCAUACGCUUAAAACUCAACUGAAGCAAGAAGAAAAUUUAACCCAAUCAUGUAUUGAACCUUUGAAAGCUCAACUAGAAGAAUUAGAACAAUACGCUAAAGAAAAAGAGAAAGCUAUCGUUAAAUGCAAAGCUAAAAUAAUUCAUAACAAUGAGCGCAUGCAAAAUUUGUUGUUUAAAUCAGUUGGAAAAAGUCUUAUGAACAUUCACUCAGAGCAGAAUAAAAUGAUGACCAAGUUGCGUUUUUCAUAUGAGCAUUCUGUUUAUCAAAGUGUCACAUAUUCCCUCCAGCUUUACGGCUAUUUUCUUCAUACUAUAUUAACACUCAUCUUUUUUCAAAACAUGAGCCUGAAGUAUUUGGGGCUAUCUUAAACAACAUCUCACCGAAACAGCUGUAUCCAUUUCAGUCACUAAAUAAUUGUAUAUUAUUUACUAACAGGUAAUAUGAAGCUAAUAAGCGG